AUGGAUAAACUUGACCCGUACAAGUGGUCGGUACUCCCAGGAGUGGCGCUGACGAUUGGCUUGGCUGCGAUUGGAAUUUUUGGCAACAGCAACAUUGUUUGGGCUACUGUCAGGAAAAGGUAAUUUUUUUUAAUUGACACUGGAUAUACUUUUCUGCACUAUGUAAUAGCUUGCACACGUCAAACACGAAGGGAACUUUCUGAUUUGAAUUUUUGCUCCGUACUUUAUAAGUGCACUUAACAUUUUUUUUAAAUAUGAAAAAAACUUUGAAAACAUACCUUGCUAUAGGUUUUAAUACUUCAAUCCGUCCUUAAGAUAUGUACCGUAAGCAUUAGAUGGUGAGCCAUGACAAUGAAGGUUAACGGUUUUGUCAAAGCUGGUACAAAAAGGACACUCAAAUCUUUUGUGAACAAAGCCACAGGGCAAUCCUUUUAUUCAGAAUACUGUAAUAUGUAUUAUACCUCAACGGCUUAAAUUAUCUUACAGGUGCAAAGAUUUUUUCUGUGAAUAACUAGAUAUUUCAAUGGGCUCGCAUCGCUAAAUCACUUCAUAGAAUUUCUUUUGAUAGUGUUUUUGGUACAGUGUUUGUUUUCAGCCGCCUACGUUCGACGUGUAAUCUCAUCAUCGCUGCAACAGCUCUCUCAGAUGUUUUUCAUCAAUCAGCCCACAUAAUUUUUGCCUACUUCUACCUCAGCGGAAACCCUUUUCGGCGAAUGGAUUUUUGUUUCCACAUUUUUGCAGUGUCUGCAUUCAAUAUCUGUUUUGGUGCGUUUUUAGUGCUGUCCAUCGGAAUCGACCGGUUGAUCUGCGUAUUGUUACCCACAACGUAAGCCUGAGAAAAGAUUAAUUAUUGAAGCUUUUAAAAAAAUAUACGAUGUGCGUAGUUUGUAUAUUUUUGACGGGUUCAUAAAAAAAGACUGAUUGCAGAUACAAUCAAACAAAUAAAACAUUGUACCUCUUUUUCACAAUGGUUCCUCCCACCGCAUACAGCUUAUGGAUUUUGUAUUACUGUUACAUUGAGGUGGUGGAUGAACGGUAAGCUUGUGUUAUGCCCUCUACUUUUAUUUUAUUCACCUGAACAUAUUGAAAUACUUCAAAACAAUUCGUAUGGUGCCUCAUAACGAGCUUUCAUUUGUCACAGUUUUUUAACCUAAGUGCUUUCAGCCAAGUUGUCGCAAUGGUUGCUGAAAUCUUUGUUGGCAAAGCGCACACCUACUGGCAUUCAGCGCAAGCUGUAAUCUACUUCGUUACCUUGAUUGUAUACGCCUGGUUAUGGUUUGUUGUGAAGGAAAAGGCAAUCGGAUCCGCGUCGAAGCGGCUGAUAAAGUCGCUGAGUUUUGUAAUGCUGACAUUGGUCAUCGGUUGGCUGUUUGUUGGAGCGUUCACAGUGGGUUAUGGAAGUACGCAUGAAGUGGUUACCCCCUCUGAUGCCUACUUCUUCCAUAUGAAUUUAGGAUGGCUGAUCAAUCUUGGAAUGGCGGCCAACUAUUUUAUUUAUUUUCAUUUCAAGUAAGUGGCGGCAAUAGCGAAAUAAUUCGCGAUAAAAACACCAAGUCUCACCUCUCUUUUCAGCGACGACUAUCGCAGAGCCUUCGCGGAACAGUUGGGAAUUUUGACUUGUGGCCUAUGGAAACCGAUGGAAAAGGACGUAAAUUCCACAAAAGUUUUCGCCACAUCUCGUACAUUUACUUCGUGA